CACCGCCACCACCGCCCCGCUGUCCACGACGGCCAGCGCGCCUCCACCGCCGCCGCGCCGGUCACCGCCGUCUUCACUCCGAAGGAGGUCACCGGAGCACUCCGCGAUCUCGCCACCGCCACCGGGCCCCUUCUCCUGCCAUGGCAGCCACCGCACCCGGGGGCCUCCGCGGCGCUGGUCGGGCCGCUGCAGCCCCAGCUGCAGCUGCAACCACCCCCCACCACCACCCCGCUAUGGCCGCCGUGGCCGUCACCGGCCAUCGCGGCUCCCGCAGCGUCCGUCGCCCUCACGCAGCCGCAGCGGCAGGCGCCACCCCCGCCCAGCAGCGGGCCCGCUACGACCGCGCCAGCGGGCGUUCCGAUCCAGCAGGUUCGGUUCCCGCCCUCGCCGUCCCAGCUUCCGGCCUGGCUGGCCGGGUCAUCACCGCAGCCGGUCUACACUAUGGCCGCGGAACAGCCGGCGCCCACCCUGCCCUACGGCGGGCCCUCCGGCUCCACGGGUUCCCACGCUGGCUUCGACGGGCCACCGUUUCACAAGGGACCCCCUGUGCACACCGGGCCGGCGCCAUCCUCUUCGUUGCUCCGUACCGCCGAGCCGUACGCUCACGGCGGUCAGACUCAGACACCGCCGCGUUUCGCCAAGCUCGACUUCGCCACCUACGACGGCACCGAGGAACCCCUCAACUGGCUCAACCAGUGUGAGCAAUUCUUCCGAGGGCAACGCACGCUCGCGUUGGACCGGACUUGCUCGCCUCUUAUCGCCUCCGGGGCGCCGCACAAACGUGGUACUAUGCCCUCGAGCAGGACGAGGGCGGCAUGCCCCCAUGGAGCGCUUUUGCGAGCUAUGCCUCCUUCGCUUCGGGCCGCCGAUACGCGGGAGCCGGCUGGCGGAACUCGGCCGCCUCCCCUUCACCUCCACAGUGCAGGACUUCGCCGACCGUUUCCAGGCCCUGGCGUGCCACGCACCGGGCGUGACAGCUCAGCAGCGGGCCGAGCUCUUCGUCGGCGGUCUGCCGGAUCACAUCCGCGUGGACGUGGAGCUUCGGGGACCCCAGGACCUCUAGACGGCCAUGUACUACGUCCGCGCCUUCGAGUGUCGCGCGCAAGCCUUGCAGCAGGCGACGCCGGCUCGGGGUGGCCGACAGCCCGCCAGGCUGCCUCCGACACCACCUGUGCCGGGCCAGCUGCCCCCGGCCGCUCCAACGACUACCACUCCGGCUACGACGCGGCCCUUCCGCCGGCUCUUUCCGGCCGAGCAGCUCGAGCGAUGUCGCCAGGGGCUUUGCUAUAACUGCGAUAAGCCCUACGUGUCGGGCCACGUCUGCCCGCGCCUCUUCUACUUGGAGGUGGCCGACUAUGUCGAGGACACACCCGCCGACGGUCCGCCACCAGUUGCUGCGGAGGCCGCCCCCGCGCCCACUCCGGCGACGGCGCUCGUGGUCUCGCUCCAGGCGCUUGCCGGCAUUCGCGACAAGCAGACUAUGCUUUUGCCGGUGAUGAUUCACGGUGAGUGCCUGGUGGCCCUCCUGGAUACGGGCUCCACGCAUAACUUCCUGCCCGAGGCAACCAUGCGUCGCUUAGCGCUGCAGCUGACGGGCGGGGAGCAACUUCGGGUCACAGUGGCUAACGGCGACCGCCUUCGGUGCCAUGGGCUGGCGCGGAACAUGCCCAUCACCAUCGGCGACGAGCACUUCACCAUCACGUGCGUCGGCAUCGACUUGGGUUGCUUCGACUUCAUCCUCGGCGUCGACUUCUUGCGGACCCUCGGUCCCAUCCUCUGGGACUUCGGUGCCCUGACGAUGACCUUCUGGCGCCUGGGUCGCCGCGUCCGGUGGGAGGGCAUGGGUGGCGCCUCACCAGCGAUGCAGCUGGCCGUGACCGCCGCCGAACCCGAGCACCCACUGUUGGAUCACCUCCUGCAGCAGCACCGCGACCUCUUCCACGAGCCGCGGGGCCUUCCGCCAGCCCGGGUGUAUGAUCACCGCAUUCAUCUCUUGCCGGGCACAGCGCCGGUUGCAGUGCGCCCCUACCGCUAUCCCCAGUUGCAGAAGGACGAGCUGGAGCAGCAGUGGACGCUCAUGCUAGCCUUGGGCAUCAUCCGGAUCUCCACGUCGCCGUUUUCGGCGCGGGUCCUCGUCCGCAAGUCGGACGGCAUGUGGCGCUUCUGCAUCGACUACCGCGCCCUUAACGCCCAGACACUCAAGGACAAGUUUCCUAUCCCAGUGGUCGAUGAGCUCCUGGACGAGCUACAUCGGGUGCGCUUCUUCACCAAGCUCGACCUCCGAUCGGGCUACCACCAGGUGCGGAUGCACCUAGACGAUGUCGCCAAGACGGCGUUUCGGACUCAUCACGGCCACUUCGAGUUCUUGGUGAUGCCUUUUGGCCUCUGCAACACCCCAGCGACCUUUCAGGCCUUGAUGAACGACGUCCUCCGCCCCUACUUGCGUCGGUUUGUGCUCGUUUUCUUUGAUGACAUUCUUAUCUACAGCGCCUCGUGGGCAGAGCACCUUCAGCACGUCGCCAUCGUCUUCAACAAGCUUUGAGCGCACC